AUGGCGACUACCGCAAUGCGCGGAUCGCCCGAUCUGGCGAAUGGUAGCUCUGACCCACAGAUUGUGAAGGGAGCACGCAGAGCUACGGAGACUCGCAGACAUAGCACAACUGUUCCAAGUGUCGCCAGCUAUGAGGAAGAACCAGGCUAUGCGCCCUCGGCGGGAGAGGGUUCCUAUUCACAGCCUGCGCCUAAAGCCUCUUCAGGCUCCAGGGCGUCAGGGCCGCCGAGCCGCUCAUUCUCGGCCAGAGCCGCAGCCAAUCUGAACUAUACCACACGCAAACCAGCGCCAGUGGCUCCUCCAGGGUUGGACGAAGAAUCCACCACUCCUCGCGGCCUUCCGCCUGCAGGCUAUCUUCAUGGCCCGGGUGCCGCCUUGGCGGGAAAUGAAGUUGCGCGGCAUCCUCCCGAGGCUCCUGCUGCUCCGAGUGUAUCAUCUCAACCCAGUCGAUCGAACACUAUGCGCUCGACAAGCGGCGCGAGUACUAAACGAGACUGGGCCUCGGAUCGUUCGCCAUUACAGAAACUCGAGGUCACCCUCAAUGGGAUCAGCAAGGAAGAGAAGCGAGCCCGAGUACAAGAAGCAGAAAUGCGACUGCGGGAACGUCUUGCUCGACAGAAGAUCGAAAAGGAGCAGGCCGAAGCUGCGGCGGCAGCAGCAGCAGCAGCAGCAGGCACUGCCAGCGCUCCUCGACCGAAUUCAAAGCAGAGUGCACACUCAGCUGCACACUCGGCAGAUCGUGGGACUCCUGCCUCCACCAGGGCAGUGAAGCAGAAUGAAAUUGUGGUGGAAACCGCUCGAGCAGCAGCCCGGCCACCCGUAGGCACCGCUGUGCGUCACAACAGAGCUGUCUCGAUGAACCCCCAGUACCCAGCCAUCCGACAACCCGAAGAAGCAGAAUUUGCCGGUGCUGAAAAUGUCAGAGCCCCGCCGGUAAAGAUGGGCAGUGUCCCUCGGAGAUCAGUCACAGUGCGCGAACAUGGAGCAAAGGAAGGACCAGGCGAGAAACUUAUGCACACUCGCUCAUUAUCCCAGCAAGGACCGACGAGACCGGUACAAUCUGUUGCUGCGGUCACUAGCGCAGAAAGACUAGACACCCCUCCUGCACUGAAGUCCCUAUCUGGUGCAUCGCUGCCAAGGUCAAAACCACGUCAAACGGUAUCAUUCGAUGUGCCACCACCCACGCCUCCACCCAUUUUUGAGUGGAGGAAUGCUCCUGUUGCUCACCUUGGAGCUGCUGACUUUGACUUUCAACAUUUGGAUAUCGAUCGAAGCAAGGCGUGGUGGGAAGGAGGCGCCUCGGGCGAUCGAAGGAAGAGUAGGGCUCUCCCCAAGAAUUAUCAGACCGCCGCACAGAAAGUGACAGGAGUCACUGGCAACAAGAAUUUCCAGCCCAAGUUGUUCCUGAGAUGCGGACCUCUCCUUCGAUACACUGGUAUGAGAAAAGAGAGUAUUGAUGGAGCCAGUGGGCCUAUUGAGAAAGAGUUCUGGAGAGGGUCUAUCAUGAUAGUCACGAAGGAUUCUCGCUCUUCUUACGAGGUUCCGCCAAUCCUGAGACUCUUCUCACAACCGAUGGAUCUCCUACCCCCACCACCCGCAGAAGUUAGUGGUGAGAACGGAGCCCUGGCACCUGAAUAUGUGGACCCUACUGCAGGUCUUAUGAAGGUUGGCCGAGAUGGGCGUCCUUUGUAUGUCAAGCCAGUGGACCACCUCGAAGAAGAGGUUGACCUGUCCGGUGUGGAAAAUGAUGAUGGGAUCUAUGAGUUAUCUCCCAGCAUGAUUGAAUACAGCUCAGAGGGAUCCAAGCAACCGAUCCCUUCCAACAGAAUCCACCCUGUCGACGGUGAGACUGCGGAACUGCACCGGGAUAUCCCCGGCGUGCGUCUCUACGCGGAUGCUGCCAGAGAUGUCACAUUCUGGAGAUUCAGUAUCGAAAUCGAACUCAGUGCAACGCAGCAGCGAAUUGCAUACCGCAUCAACCAAGGACCCGCCUUGGGCUUCUGGGUCCCAGCUAUGGGCAAGCCUAUGAACAUCAUGUUCCACAGUGGUAAUGGAUUCGGCCCCAACGUUGACCCCAACCCUAUGUGCGGACCCGAUCCACUCUGGAGAGAUAUUCUUAAUGAACAUCAGACUCAGCCUUUCCAUGUGAUGAUCGGAGGAGGUGAUCAGAUUUUCAAUGACGGCGUGAUCACAGAUCUUGCUUUGUUUCAGGAUUGGAUCAAGAUCAAGAAUGCGGGAGAUCGCUAUGGUUGCCCACUCACUCCCGAGUUCCGCGCGCAACUCGAGAAGUUUUACCUUGAACGCUACGCUUCAUGGUUCUCCCAGGGACUGUUUUCCCUGGCUAACUCCCAAAUUCCAAUGGUGAACAUCUGGAAUGACCAUGAAAUCUUUGAAGGGUUCGGUUCCUACCCUGAAGAGUUCAUGCGAAGUGCUGUUAUCUCCGGCCUGGGCAAGAUCGCGUUCAAGUAUUAUCUCCUGUUCCAGCACCACAGCGUGCCGGACGAAACAGAGAUGGACGAACCUAGCUGGAUCCUUGGUGCCAGACCAGGCCCAUACAUUGACCAGCGGAGUCGCAAUUUGUUCAUGUCACUAGGUAGCGAUGUGGUCUUCUUGGGCCUGGACUGCCGAACUGAACGACAGACCAACGAGGUCAUUAGCCCAGAAACCGGUGAAUUGAUUUGGGAUAGAUGCCAUCGUGAAAUCGUCAAAGGAAAAACCAAGCAUUUGAUCGUUCUUUCGAGCGUACCCAUUGCCUACCCUCGCGUGGCCAUGCUCAAGAACUAUAUGAACAGCCGCAAGUCCAUUGGAAAAGCUGGGAUGAUUGGUGGUCUUGUUAACCGCUCUGGUGGUAAUGUCGAGGUUUUUGAUGAUCACUGGUCCGGAAAACACCUCAAGGCUGAACGGACCUGGCUCGUCGAGGACUUGCAAGAUCUCGCGGCGGAGAAAUCUGUCCGAGUCACGAUUCUCAGUGGUGAUGUUCAUUUGGCUGCCAUUGGACAAUUCUAUUCCAAUCCCAAGUUGGAUAUAGCCAAAGAUCGAGAUUACCGAUACAUGCCUAAUGUGAUCUCCUCUGCUAUUGCCAACGUGCCCGAGACCGAAAUAAUCUCGGACAUGCUUAACAAGCGCAACACAGUCCACCACAUGGACUCAAACACCGACGAAGAUGUCAUCCCCAUCUUCACACAAGAUGUUGAUGGCAAGCCCCGAAACAAUAAGCGUCUCCUCCCCAGGCGCAACUGGUGCUCUAUCCGGGAAUACCGUCCCGGCUCUACGCCCCCUGGUACACCCGAGUCCGAGAUGACACCAACCCCCGAGCCUCGCCCCGGCAAACUUCAGCGCACCCUAUCGCUGGGACGUGGUGACAAAGGUCCCGGCAGCAAGCCUGGCGGCCUUUUACGUCGACUGUCUACACGAGGCGGACCACCCACCCGAACCAUGAGCAUCGGCCGCGAGGCAGGAGUAUCUGCUCGCCGAGCCAGCGUUGACGCACCUCUCUCACGACCCAACGAAAGCGCAGACAGCUACUUCCCAAGCAACCCACAAGAACCUCGACCAGGCCAAUUCCACCGCCGGCCAACCAACCUCAGCCUCAAGGCUGCCAAGAAAGCCGCCAAACAAGGUGACGACGGAGCCGGAGCUCUCGUCGAUCUUGAAGGAGGCCUAGCCAUCACCUUGAACCUGGAGAUCAGCCCCCACGACCCCGCCGGCAUCACCGUACCCUACAAGCUCCUCGUGCCGGCACUCCGCUACAAUGGCACAGAAUACGACCCCGAGCCCACGCCCGUGGUUAAAGGAUGGCGCAAAUGGCUGCGCAUGCCGCGCCGCAAGAAGAACGCUGAGGAUCCUCACGGCGCUGAAUAUGAAGAUGAAGAGGACGUUGAUGAUUACGAAGACCAUGACACUAUCAAUAAUACCCGCGCGAAUGCCGCUGCUACACACCCGCACUAUGACAAAUACCCUGGAAGCGAUGAGGAGGGGGAGGAAAAUGGAGCCGUUCCUCGACGAGUGCAUCCCGAGCCGGCUGAUGAGUCUUCUGAGGAUGAUGACGAGGAUGAAGAGGAGGAGCCUAGUCCACCGAAGAAGAAGUGGUUUGGUUUGCGGUGA